AGCCCAUUUUGCCCCACAACCCCUUUGCUCGCAGCAUGAGAGCUCCAUCCAUGGCCGCGAAGAAGACACCUCUGUAGACCGACAGCACAUGGCCGUUGCUCUAACUCCUGCCAGCAUGGAUGCGCUCUCUAACAGAUCAAACAAAGGCGGCACCGAGCUAUCAGCUUGUUCUAAUCCUGGCUGUGGUGUUGUUGACUCAAUCACAACGAAUCUAGAGUUUUCAGAACUGCAAUCUGGAAGAUCGGCACCGAAGCGGAAAAGUAAGCGGGAAGCGUUUGAAGGACUGGACUACAGAAUUGCCCCUUCAGUAAAAAGUCCGUUCCAAAAGUGUGUGGAACGCGCUGCUUUUAGGGGCGAUGCAGAUGUUUUUGUUCCAAGUGUUGGAACAAUUUUUGAUUCAAAGGAUGAAGCUUAUGAUUUCUACAACAUGUUCUCUUGGGAGUGUGGCUUUGGUAUUCGCUAUGGAAAGAGUAGCACUAAUAGCAAAAAAUACAGAACAAUGCAGGACAUCGUUUGCCAGUGCACGGGCAAAGAAGAAAGGCCAAACACAACAACAUGCCGCACUGGUUGUGAAGCUCGUAUAAGACUACAUCGAACUGACGACCAUGGAUGGUAUGUGACCGUUUUCAUUAACAAGCACAAUCACCCACUAUCUGUGAAGUGUGGUGAGAAAAAACAGUGGAAAUCACAUAGCGUCAUAAGUCCUUUAGCAAAGGAUUUUAUUCGUAACCUCAGGGAGAACAACAUCAGAUUUGAUCAGAUAUACAACAUAUUAGGGUCAGGUCUUGGAUCUUCUUUAGGCGUGCCUUUUAGAAAGCAGACACUGAGAACACUGUGUGCAAGCAUAGCUCAUGAUUCUAUCGCCGAUGAUAUGGCCAAAACCACUAGUAUACUUCAGGAUAUGAGUGCCAAAGAUCCGGACUUCAAAGUUUGCGUGCAAGUAGACGGUGAAAGCAGGGUGAAAACAGUAAUAUGGUGUAAUGGUAAAAAUCGUCUAGAUUAUGCACAUUUUGGUGAGGUGGUUACUUUCGAUACCACUUACAGGACCAACCUGUAUAACAUGCCAUUUGGGCUUUUUGUUGGUGUCAAUAACCAUUUCCAGUCUAUUAUUUUUGGUGGCGUCCUCAUGGUUGAUGAAAAGACUCCUACAUUUGAGUGGGCAUUCAGAAAUUUUAUUGACUUGAUGGAUGGGAAACAUCCUACUACUAUAUUGACAGAUCAAUGCAAAGCUAUGCAAAAUGCUUUACGAACUACAAUGCCCCACACCCGUCACAGAUGGUGCAGAUGGCAUGUGUUAAAGGUGUUGAAAGAGAAAAUUGGACAUGUGUACAGCAAACAUUCUGUCUUCAAGAAGGAAUUCCACGCGAUAGUAAAUGAAGAGAUGGAUGUAGAAUCAUUUGAGCGGAGGUGGCAUCAAUUGAUUAAAAAAUACAAGCUUCAAGGGAACAAGUACCUUCGCAGGAUUUUCAAAUGGAGGGACAUGUGGGCAAUGCCAUACUUCAUGGGCACUUUCUGUGCCGGAAUGACCAGCACGCAACGGAGCGAGAGUGCGAAUCAUCUCUUGAAAAAGUUCAUCAGCAGAUCAUCCCCAAUGCACUUGUUUGUUAAGCAGUACAACAAAUUGCUUGAAUCCAGGAGCCAGGCAGAGGACGAGGCAAACUAUGUCAGCAAGCAGACACGCAGACGGCUUGUAAUUGGCGCUACUAUCGAGAUAGAUGCAGCGGCUGUGUACGCGAAGGCCUUGUACGAAAAAUUUUCACACGAACUUUUUAGAUCUGGCUCUUUUGAUGCACGCCGUUCCAAGCCUGGUCAUGUCUACAAGGUCAAGUUGUCGCCGCAACUAGCCUUAACUGAUUAUGACAAAAAAAUAUUCACUGUCAAAGUGGAGGACGGUUGGGAUCUUGUCACAUGUGAUUGUGGAUUUUUUGAUCAUGUCGGAUUGCUGUGCUGCCAUUCAUUAAAGGUCUUAGUUCAGAACAAUAUUGGCAAGAUUCCAUCAAGGAAUGUAGUCAAACGAUGGACUUUAUGGGCAAGGGAAUCAAGGCCGCUGCACCUGGCAAAUGAGGGUGAAUUGGGGGAGCUGUCUUCUCAAAUUACGUAUAGAAGAAAUGUUCUGUAUGUGGCUGCUAUGGACCUUAUCAAGGAGGCAGAGUCCGGGUCUGAGUCAUUCCAAACGGCGUUCGCAGCUAUAUGCGAGGCAAAAGAACAAAUUGCAAGUAAGAAGGCUUCAGAUAUGCUUAUUGAUACUAUCGCCGAACAAGCAAAUCCUGUCCGGCAUACCAUAACUGAUGUUGGGUCAGAAACCCAACUGUUUCCUCCACAACGUGUGCUGUCUAAAGGACGUAAUCGUGCAUGGAGAUGAUAAAAGCUGUCUUGAACACUUUUAUUUCCUCUUGUGACAUUGGGUUCCUAUA